AUGACAAACGCAUAAACCGAUUGCAUAAAAAUUCAUGGUUAUAUAAUUCGGUGGUCAGAUGAUGGGUGUGUCGAUCCAGAUCAUUCGUUCCACUUCGGCAUGGUAUAUAAAAGCGGCGCGAAUGCUCGGUAAGCACAUCGACGAUGGCACUCAAGUUUGUUUCCCUCGCUGCGCUCGUGGCCGCCGCCAACGCCGGCAUCGCCCCUGUGGGCUACGCCGGCGCCCCCUUCGCCGGCGGUUACGCCGCCCCCAUCGCUAGGGCCUACGCCGCACCGGUCGCCGCCAAAGCCUACGCUCCCGCUCCAGUGGCGUACGCCGCCGCCCCCGUCGCCAAGGUCGAGGAAUACGACCCCAACCCCCAGUACGCCUACGGGUACGACGUCCAGGACGCCAUCACCGGCGACUCCAAGAGCCAGACGGAGCACCGCUCUGGCGACGUCGUCCAGGGCAGCUACUCCGUGAUCGACCCAGAUGGUACUAAGCGUACCGUGGAGUACACCGCCGACCCGGUUCACGGGUUCAACGCCGUGGUUCACAGGGAGCCUUUGGCCGCCAAAGUGGCGGCACCUGUUGCCUACGCCGCCCCCGUAGCCAAGGUGGCGGCUCCGGUCGCGUACGCCGGACACGCUUACCACUAGUUGUUAUUUAUUUGUAAGUC